AUGGGAGAAGACCGCCUGGGAACACUUCAAGGAGAGGAGGAGGACCUCUUUGAGAUCUUGAGAGGGUUAUUGGGCCAGCUGAUGGCGUUGCUACUUGACUUGUAUGAGGUCCGUUGCAGAUUGUCUGCACUCGAGAAUCAGUUCGGCCAAGUGAUCGGGUUCUCUGGAGACAACGAGGAGCGUGUCAGUAUUCUGUCGUCUUGGAGCUACUACUGGCUGCUCGUAUCCUCGUGGUGCUGGUUUGCGGCCGUCCAUGGGGGGACGACGACAAGGAACGCCAGACCCAAUAUUGUGCUGCUGAUGGCAGACGACUUGGGGAUUGGGGAUCUCUGCUGUUACGGGAACCACUCAAUGAGCACCCCGAACAUCGACCGUCUGGCCAGCGAGGGCGUGUUGCUGACCCAACACCUGGCGGCCGCGUCCAUGUGCACCCCAAGCCGGGCGGCCUUCCUGACUGGACGCUACCCCAUCCGCUCAGGCAUGGCUUCUUCCCACCACGUCAACCGUGACUUCACCUGGCUGGGAGGCUCCGGGGGGCUCCCCAGCAACGAGACGACGUUCGCCAAGCUUCUGCGAGACCGGGGCUACCGGACUGGGCUCGUUGGAAAGUGGCAUCAGGGUCUGAGCUGUGCAUCCCGCGACGAUCACUGCUACCAUCCUCUGAACCACGGCUUUGACUUCUUCUACGGCCUUCCCUUCGGGAUGUUGAGCGACUGCCUGAGGUCCGGGACCCCCGAGCUCCACCGAGGGCUGACCAUUAAGCUCUGGGUCUCCACGGUGAUGCUAGCCCUGGUACCGCUCCUGCUCCUCAUUCCCAAGUUUGCCGGCUGGUUCCCGGUGCCCUGGAUGCUCAUCAUCACGCUCGCCCUGCUGGUCUUCUUGUUCUUCGUCUCCUGGUUCUCCAGCUACGGCUUUGUCCGCCGCUGGAACUGCAUCCUCAUGAGAGACCACGAAAUCAUCCAGCAGCCCAUGAAGGAAGAGAGAGUUUCCAGUCUCUUGCUGAGGGAGGCGCUGGCUUUCAUCGACAGGUAUAAGCGUGGCCCGUUUCUCCUCUUUGUGUCUUUCCUGCACGUCCGGACCCCGCUCAUCACCCGAGAGAAGUUUGUGGGGCGCAGCAAAUACGGACCCUACGGUGACAGCGUGGAGGAAUUGGAUUGGAUGGUCGGAAAGAUCCUCCAGCGUCUAGACCAGGAACAGCUGAGUAACUGCACCCUCGUGUACUUCACCUCCGAUAACGGGGGUCACCUGGAGGCCCGGGGCAGGGGGGUCCAGCUGGGCGGCUGGAAUGGAGUCUACAAAGGUGGUCGAGGCAUGGGGGGCUGGGAAGGCGGCAUCCGGGUGCCCGGCAUCUUCCGGUGGCCCUCGGUCCUGGAGGCGGGCAAGGUGGUGGACGCGCCCACCAGCCUGAUGGACAUCUACCCCACCCUCUCCUACGUCGCCGGAGGGGUCUUGCCCCUGGACAGAAAGAUCGACGGGCGCAAUCUGAUGCCACUGCUCGAGGGGCGGGUGUCCCACUCGGAGCACGAGUUUCUCUUCCACUACUGCGGGGUCUACCUGCACGCCGCCCGCUGGUACCAGAAGGACUGUGCCACGGUGUGGAAGAUCCACUUCGUGACGCCCCGCUCCUCGCCCGAGGGGUCGGGCGCCUGCCACGCCAGCGGCCUGUGCCCCUGCUGGGGGCCGGCCGUGACCCGCCACGACCCCCCGCUGCUCUUCGACGUGUCCCGGGACCCGUCGGAGCAGCACCCGCUGAGCCCCGACAACGAGGUGCUGUUCGACUCGGUGCUGCGGAAGGUGGAGGCGGCCGUGCGCGCCCACCGGGCCACCCUGUCCCCGGCCCCCCGGCAGCUGUCGGCCUUCGGAAGCCUCUGGAAGCCGUGGCUGCAACCGUGCUGUGGCUGUUUUCCCUUCUGCGGCUGUGACAAGGAGGACAGCGCCUUCCCCGCUGCACGGUGA